CACUGAGGAGGUAAAUAUGUGACUAGCUUCCAAAAUGGCAACUGGAAAGGACACAUCGCUGCUGUCCUUGAUUCUCACCGUCGGGGCCACAGUGCUUGUAGCUACUGGACAAAAAGUAGAGCAACCAGAAGUGGUGACCAAAUAUGGGAGAGUCCAAGGGUACCAAUUCAAAGUAGAUGCAGCUGAGAGGAGUGUAAAUGUCUUUUUGGGACUUCCUUUUGCUAAACCUCCAGUUGGACCACUGAGGUUUUCUGAACCCCAACCACCUGAGCCAUGGAAAGGUGUCAGAGAUGCCACUUCCUACCCACCAAUGUGUCUACAGGAUAAAGUACGAGGACAGGUUUUUUCGGAUGUUAUUACUAACAGAAAAGAAAAAGUUCUUCUCCAAGUGUCUGAAGAUUGCUUAUACCUGAAUGUGUAUACACCCGUUUCUACAGAAAAACAGGAGAAGCUGCCUGUCUUUGUCACAUACCAUGGAGGUGGAUUAGUUUUUGGAGCAGCUUCAUCAUAUGAUGGUUCAGCAUUAGUGGCCUUUGACAAUGUAGUGGUUGUAACAAUUCAGUACAGAUUAGGUAUUGUUGGAUAUUUUAGCACUGGCGAUAAGCAUGCCCGAGGUAACUGGGGGUAUUUGGAUCAAGUAGCAGCUCUUCAGUGGAUUCAGGAAAAUAUCAUACAUUUUGGAGGAGAUCCAGGAUCCAUCACUAUCGCUGGAGAGUCUGCAGGAGGAAUCAGUGUUUCUGCGCUUGUCUUAUCUCCCCUGGCAAAGGGCUUGUUCCACAAGGCCAUUUCAGAGAGUGGUACUGCAGUCAGGGUUUUGUUCACUGACCAGCCUGAGGAGGAAGCACAAAGAAUUGUUGCUGCCUCUGGCUGUGAAAAAUCCAGUUCAGCUGCAAUAGUUGAAUGCUUAAGAGAAAAAACAGAAGAAGAGAUAGUACAGAUAACACUAAAAAUGGAUUUCACAACACUGCAGCUGUGCUAUACCUCACCAGAAAAAUGUGAACAGUCUUCCCUGUUCAUCAGUGCAUAUGCAGAUGGUGUAUUUUUUCCGAAGAGUCCCAGGCAAUUAUUAUCUGAAAAAAUGAUCAAUGCAGUCCCAUAUAUAAUAGGAGUAAAUAACUGUGAAUUUGGAUGGUUACUUCCUAUGACAAUGAAAUUUCCUGCUUACACAGAUGGUCUGGAUGAAGAUGUUGCACGUCAAGUUUUACAGAGAUGCUUAGCAUUUUCACUUAAGGGUCUUACUUCUGAAGAUGUUGAUCGAGUAUACAAUGAAUACAUAGGGAAUGCAGAAAACCGUGCUCAGGUGCGAGAUGGCCUUCUUGAUGCAAUAGGAGACUGUGUGUUUGUUCUUUCAGCCAUUGAAGUGGCUAGAUACCAUAGAGAUGCUGGCCACACAGUCUACUUUUAUGAAUUUCAACAUCGACCAAGUUCAGCAACAGGUGUUGUACCAGAGUUUGUAAAAGCAGAUCAUGCAGAUGAGAUUGCCUUUGUCUUUGGAAAGCCAUUCUUAGCCGGGUAUGCUACAGAAGAAGAAAAUAAACUUAGCAGAACUGUUAUGAGAUACUGGACUAACUUUGCUAGAAAUGGAAAUCCCAACGGAGAAGGCUUGGUCCACUGGCCUCAGUAUGAUAUGGAUGAAAGAUACCUGGAAAUAGACCUAAUGCAAAAGGCAGCAAAGAAAUUGAAAGAACGCAAAAUGGAGUUUUGGAUACAGCUCACAAAACGAAUGAUGAAUGAAAGGAGAGAACACACAGAUUUAUAAGACUUGUGGAGGGUAUAGUUUGCUUUUAAAACCUGAAGUAAAGUCAAACAUAAUUAGUUUCUCAGGAUGCAGAGUUUAAUAAUCACCUUCUAACUCACUAUUAUGUAAUCUGUUGUCAUGAUCACAGUGGAAGGAGAGGAUCAAGGGAAAUUUGGAAUGUUUGUGGGACUAAAAAUCACUAUUUAAUGAAGCAAGCAGAAAAACACCACAAUCUUUCAGGCUCAAAAAGAUCAUGGUGUCUACUCAGUGGAUAUCAAAACUGAAUAAUGCUGCUGUGAGAAGGGAGAAUGAGGGGGAAAUUGGCAAAUAUAUUGAAAUCUGUAAGAAAUUACCUAUACAGAAUAUAUCAUAAGUGUCAGAAUAUGUUAUAUGCUUAUUCCCCUCUUCUUUCAGAAGAGAAUGGUCAGUUGUCAUUCUUACAGCCUCUUUCCACUUUCUUCAACUGGAAGUAGCUUGUAGGGAGCAGACCAUCAAAAAACACGUGAGAUGGGCUUGACAUCUCACAAAUGAGGACAGAAAAUCUCUACUUGUUUUCUUGUUUUGUAAACUGUUAUAAAUAAAUGUUGCUUUUGAUUUUUU